AUGGAGGUAAAGGUUUUGGUGAAGGUGUUGGUGGAUACCGGAAUAGAGAUUGUAGUAGUUAUGGAUACAGAAGUGAAUACAAUGGUGGAUGUGGUUACUCAGGCCGGCCAUCAGGCGGAGGCGGUGAUGGUUAUGGAUACAGAGGCGGAGACGGUCGAUACGAAGAUGGUAGAUACAAAAGUGGAUACAAUGAUGGUGGAAGUGGUUACUCGAGAGGAAAAAGCGGUGGUGGAUAAAGUGAAGCAACAGUACCAGGUGAAUGGAUAUACCCGUUACUCGGAGUUGAUGCAAGUCCUCCUUGUAGCGGAGCAGAAUAAUCAACUCGUAACUUUAAACCAUCAAGCUCGUUCCACUGGAUCUGCUCCGUUCCCUGAAGCGAAUGUUGUAUCAUCCAGUUAUGAUAAUAGGAGAGGACGAGGUCGUGGAUGUGGUGGAAACUGUUAUCAUGAUCGUGGAAGAGGACGAAAAAGAAGAUUAUGUCCCUAUGAUGAAAGAGAUAACAAGAACUUCCACGAAAAUGAAAGGAAUGAAAAGGGCCAGGAAGAUAAAAGGCAAACAGGAAAGGUUUGCUACAGAUGCGGUAUGAAAGGUCAUUGGGUACGUAGUUGUCGUACACCAAAACAUUUAGCCGAUCUGUAUAGAGAAUCCCAAAAGGGAAAAGAGAAAGGAAGAGGUGAAACUAACUUCAUCUCUGAUGAACCUGGAUAA